CCCCAGCGCUCAGCCUGGACCUGCCCCCCCCCAGGCUAGCCAGGCGGGUGGGGGGAUUAGCUGGGGGGGGGAUUAGCGGGUUAAUCCGGCCGCACCUGCUGCCUUUAAGUGGCUUGUCUGUAAACAGGCUGCUUGGGGCGGGGGGGGCAGCAGGACAGAGACAGCAGCACCCCCCCCAGAGAGAGAGAGAGAGCCUGGUUCGUUCCAUCCCACAAUUCGACCCCUCCACGAAGGAUCUAGAUCAGUGCAGACCUGUGAGCCGGGUUCUAGCUCGGGGUUCUAGACUCCACUGACCUCUGGAGCAGCCACAUCUGGGAUCUGGAGAAACAGGACGAAUAAUCCAGGUCUAGAGCAGGCAAGUUCUGGAUCCCACCACGUUCUAGGCUCCGCCAGGUUCCAGAGCAGACCCCAGGGAAUCUGCUCGAUGCUAGAGGAACAGAAAAGCUCCAGGCCCCCAAGGAUCUGGACCGCGCUGGGUUCUAAAGCCUGCAACCAUCCUGUAGCCUGUUACACCAUGAGGUGGAGCCAGCAGGUGGGAAAACUGGGUUCUAGAUUACCCCAGGUUUCUAGCGCCCCAUUCUAGAUCCUUGUGGGGGGGUCUAGCUUGGCGACACGGGUACUGAAUUGCAUGUGUGUCUAGAUCUGGGCGGUCCAAGCGGGAGAGGAGACUGAGGCACAGGCCAAUCUAGUCGCUGCAGUACCGCGAUAUAGGGCUCUGGAUUCAGCGCUGGAGGGACCAGCUCAGAGGAUCCAGAACCUCACGAUGAUCUAGAGCAGACAGGGUUCUAGAUGCCAUCAGGCUCCCGAGCUGACACCUCCUGCCAGGCUGACGCGUGCGGACUCCGGAAACGGCAGCAAGACCCGCUAGGUUCUGGAGCCUACGCAUCCCCGGGAGCCGGUUCUCGAUCCUGCCUUGCUCUAGAUUGGCUGGACCGGCGAGCUGUGGGUUGGGUGGCCUCUAGAAACCAGACGUAGGGCUCCAGAGCGGGCCCACCCAAAGCAGGGAGCUCCAGAGCCCCUCUGAGGUUCCAGAUCAGGCUCUCGCUGCCCAUGGAGGACCCGAGCGAUGCCUGCCGGCUGUGUGGCUCUCAGCUGCAGGGCAGCCAGCGCCGGUGGCUCUUCCACCGGGCCCCCCAGCGCCCCGACCUGCGGGUCCUCCUGGCCCACGUGUGCCGGGAGGCCCCGCGCCGGGGGACGGCCGGGGCGAGUUCCUCUGCGGGAAAUGUGCCCAGGCUCUGGGGCGGGUUUUCCGCUUCGACGCGGUGAUCGCCCGGGUCCAGGCGCUGUCCCUCACGCGGCUCCGGCACCUCCUGGAGGAGAAGGAGCGCCUGGUCCGCUGCCUCCGGCACCUCCAGGCCCGCCGCAGCCCCGAGGCCAGCCUGCCCCCCAGCCCGGCGGGCGCCCCCCAGCGGCUGGACGCGCCGUACCUGCGGCUGCUGCAGGACGACAUGGCGCUGUCCGGGCUCGAGUGCUGGGCAGAGCCGGGCACCGGCGGGAGCCCCUGCCAGAACCGCUGGUGCCCCGGCUGCCACGGGCUGCGGGUGCCCGACGCGGAUUACGAGUGGGUGUGCAGGAGGCCGCGGCCGCUCGGGGCCGGCUCCCCGGCGCUGCCCCUCUGCCGGGACAAGUCCCAGAGCAUGCCGCUAGUACUGCGGGCUGGCCUGGGGGGCCCCCGGGGGCACGGGGGGUCCCUGCUCUCCCUCCGCGCCGGGUCCUGCUCCCUCCUGUCCCUGGACAGCCUGGCUGGGCCGGAGCCGCUGGGGGAGGCGUUGCGGGCACUCAGGGGCAUCAGCCAGCGGGCGCUGAGGGUGCCCCGCGGCAGCAGGAUCCCGGUGCUGGCGAAGAGGGCAGCCCCCUCUGGCCCCCCCAGGGAGAUGGAGGAGGAAGAGGAAGAAGAGCAGGAGGAGGAAGAAGAGGAAUUCGAGGAUGAAUUCGUACCACUAGGGGUGGAGACUCUGGGGGGGCGGCGGCUCCGGUGCCAGGAGCUGACGGGGCGGCUGGCGGCUGCUGAGGAGGAGCUGAGGAGCCUUCGGGCGAAGACGGGGGGCUGGGCCCCCGAGGACGCCGGGGUCCCCCCUGAGCCGGGGGAGGGGCCCGGGCCGGGUCGGAGCCGGGAGCGGCUCCUGGGGGCGCUGGCUCGGUGUCUACACAGCAAGGAGGCGGCGCUGCAGGACUGCCUGGCCGCCCUGGAGAGCCUGGCCCCGCCGGGGGCCGAGCCGCCCGCCCCGGAGAGCCUGGUCCCGCACCUCUGCGGGCGGCUCAAGGAUCGGGACCAGGCGCUGGAGCGCACCCUCGCCGAUCACUACCUGGCGCUGGAGCAGGAGCAGCAGGAGCGGGGCCGCCUGCAGGGGGCGCUGCAGGACCAGGACCGCGACCGGGGGCGGCUGGCGGCCGCGCUGCGCACCGGAGAGCGGACCCUGCACGCGCUCCGCGAGACGCUGGAGCAGAAGGAGCUGGAGUCGGGGCAGCUGGCAUCGCUCUGUGCCAUGGCCCAGGACGCCUGGCGCCGGCAGGACCAGACCCGGGCACUGGCGCUGAAGGAGAUGGAGGAGUUGGUCGCCGCCCUGCAGGCCGCGCUGGCCAGCAGCACCAAGGACCUGGAGGUGCUGGCCGCGGCCCUGGAUGCCCCAGGCCCGGGGCUGCUGCAGCGGCUGCAGGAGCAGGAGCGGCUCCUGGCAGAGGCGCUGGCCCAGCGGGCCCGGCUGGCUGCGGAGAUGGAAGCCCGGCUGCAGGGGGCGCUGGCGGCCCAGGCCGCCGCAGAGCAGCAGCUGCAGGGCCAGCUGCGAGGCUGCACCCAGGCACUGGCCGAACGGGCGCGGGAGGCGGCGGCCCUGCGGGGGCGCCUGGCCCGGCAGGAGGGGGCGCUGGCUGAGAGAGCCGCCGCCCUGGCGCAGGGCCGGGGGGAGCUGGCCCGACUGCGGGGGCUGCUGGAGGAGCGGGACCAUGCGCUGGCGAAGGCUGCCCGAGAGGCGGAGGAGAAGGACCGGCAGCUGCAGAAGCUGCAGGCGUCCUGGCUGCAGCGCGGGGCCGGGGGGAUGAAGCAGACGCUGUGAGCGGAGGAGGAUCCGGGGGCUGGCGUGUGGGGCCGGCUCUGCCCCCCGCCCAGGCCCCACCGGAGAUGGGGCCGCUGAGCUGGAACGGACAGGGCCGCUGCGGGGGGAUCCCAGCUACUCCAGCCCCGGCCGCGCCCAGGAGGGGGCGCUUUGCUUAGAAAUGACUGGGGGGGGGGGGAGUAUUUACCACGCCAGCGAAGGCUGGGUCUGGGCCAUGCCCGGCCCUGCGCGGGUGGCUGGGCGCCUGGAUCCCUUGUUUCCGGGAGGGGGCUCUCCCCGGGCAGCUCCCAUCACUACGGGGGUGCUGCCCUGCCCCAGCCUGCUUCGGAUUAAUUAACGAACCAGCCCCAUUAAUUAGUAA